CGCCUCCCCUCACCCCACCGUUGCCGGCUUCGCCGUCCUGUUCAUGCUCAUCGCCUCCCUGUGUCCCGGUCACGCCGCAGCUUUGGCCUCGGAUUUUGAGGUAGUGUACUGAUGAAGACAGAGAUCGAGGAGGAAGGCACCAGAGGGUCCUGGACUGAGGAGGACAAAUCCCUUUGUGCUUCUGUGCUGGGCUUAGAUGCCUUCACAUAUCUGACGAAAGGUGGAGGUGCCAUAUCUGAAAAUCUCGUAGCAGCGUCUGCGUUGGUGGGCUUGCAAAAUAAACUCCAGGACCUGGUUGAAGCUGAUGGUAAAAGCCUUCGUUGGAACUACGCCAUCUUCUGGCAACUCUCCCACACCAAAUCUGGUGAACUUGUCCUUGGCUGGGGUGAUGGAUCUUGUCGUGAACCCCAUGAUAAUGGAGUUGCAGGUGCCGAUGAUACCAAUGCAGAUGACGCCGCUGAGCUUAAGCGGGAGCUCGAUGAAGAUCGUGUUCGUAGUCUUGUUUCGUUUCCAGUUGAUCAGUAGUGGAGCGCAGUUGGGGCGAUCGGGAUCUAUGCAUUAG